CCGCCCCUUUGCAACACCAACCAUCAUCCAUCAAUUGCCAAUUGUUUCUGCUUUACAGCGCUGAGCUUUUGUCCGUCCCGGUGUGUGCGGCGUAGAGAUAGCAUCAGCGGAAUAUUGGACGGCGCUUAUCUCAACGACAAAGAACAACUCUCUGCUGCGCUGCCGCGUGAGGUAGCCCCCCUGCAACCACUAUGGCUGGCGCCUUUCUUUUGAUUGUGCUAUGCGUCGUCAUGGCUGUCGCGUAAGCUCUCCUUUCAUGGUCCCGUUGCCUCGAUUCUUUCAAACUAAUUUGUAAAACUGCUGCAGCUCGUUUUUCGCUGGCGCUGUCCCUCUGUCAUUGACCCUGUCGCCGUCGCAGCUGCGCUUAAUAUCCAGCAUAGGUGUAGGAGUCCUGGUCGGUACAUCGAUGAUUGUCAUUAUCCCAGAGGGUAUCGAAGCGGCGACAUCGCACGCGACUGCUGUUGCUCAACACAACCAGGCGCGAAGCCUGCUCCGACGACUGCCUUCGCCGAUUGCUGCCGAGGCCAACAAGCUGAUUCUUGCUCAACCGGCUCUUCUCGAAUCUCGUGAUACGACAGCCGAAAUUGUACAGACGAUCGAACGAAUCUCACAGGUCUCGGCUACCCGACUCGACGCUCGUGCGGCAAAGGAAGAGCAUGAUCAUGAAGCAGAGCAUGACAAACAUGUCAAAUCUGAAAAUGAACAUGACCAUGACAAGGAGCACAGCAAACACGAAAAGACGGACCAAAAACCCGAGGAAUCUGAUGACCACGGACACGGUGCCGAGUUUCCAAGUACUCAGAUUGGUCUGGCUUUGAUCCUUGGCUUUAUAACCAUGUUUCUUAUCGACCGAUUGCCCCAACAUGCGAGCGAGAGCUUGCAAUCAGGACCACAAACACAGCAGUUUAGCAUGGACACUCUCGGCGAUGAGCAAAAUGGCGGCAAUGAUGAAGAGGCGCAGGGUUUCCUGGGUGCUUUGGCCCCAACUCCAAAGUCAGCGCGCAGCAUGGCGACAACUGUUGGCCUUGUAAUUCAUGCUGCUGCGGAUGGCAUUGCACUCGGUGCUUCGUCCACCGCUGAUAUGAAGCUUGGCUUUAUCAUCUUCUUUGCCAUUAUGAUUCACAAGGCACCGGCUGCAUUUGGGUUAACCUCUGUACUCCUCAAGCAGGGACUAUCGAAACGAGCUGCCAGAGCGCAUCUGAUUGUCUUUAGUUUGGCUGCUCCAGUUGGCGCACUGACGACUUGGCUUCUAAUCACGAUUCUGGGUGGUAACCCGACAGCACCCUCUGGCCAUUGGUGGACCGGCAUGCUGUUGUUGUUCUCGGGCGGUACCUUUCUCUAUGUUGCCAUGCACGCUAUGCAAGAGGCAGGCUCUCCUCCUCACGAACACUCCAACGGAUCAGCAAGCUUUGGUGAGGGCGGUUCUCAGCGUAAAGCCCAAGGAAACGGAAUGCGUGAUACGGUGGCUACGACGAUAGGCAUGCUUCUACCUCUCCUUACACAGUUUGGACACCAUCAUUAAACGAUGAUGAACUUAGUGGGAGUCUACAAUGAAAAUGUACAUCUAUAUAUCCAAAUGUGAUGCAUGUAUAAUGGUGUGAUUUGAGGAACGAGGGCAGAGGUUGUCCACGUCUGGAAGGGCUCUGCAGUACUAGGCAGGGAACACGCGCCGCAGUAUCCCGGGCGUUGCAACCCGCCCUUGGCGUCGAUAUCUAAUGUGUCGCAGAUCUGAGCCACCCUCGCUGCAGUGUUGUGCAUUCGCAUAAGAUUCCUAUUCAAUGCAGGAUCCGGCGUUAUUUCCCUGUGCCUGCUACGGAGCCAGCGUCGGGGCCUUCUUGUGAAGGAUGCGUGGUUUCAGCUGUUGGUCCUUGCAUGGGGCCGAAUGUGAAGCAGCGCCAGUGUUAGAGGGGUGGAGUGCUGAACAAGGACCACCAGAUACUGUCCGUAGGAGUUGUUAAAGGUGCUGUUAUGUGCGUGUAGGUAAUGAAAAUUAAAAGAAGCUCCUACAGAAGAGCAUAAAUUGGGAAGCAUGACAGCAGGCUCGAUCAACAUAGUCACCAUAAAUAAGAGUCGCCAGCUGGCUGCAAUGCUAUGCUAUGCUAACACUCAAUGGACCCUUUUAGAGGCGAGCUGCUUAGCGGCGAUGGGCUGGCGG